UUCAUUCCAAGCCAAACCAUUGAACCCUACAGAAGGUUGAAGGUGGAACGAGCCGCGUCUCGUCUGGUGGUAGACUAGACAGUGUCUUUCGAACCCUUGCAGAGGUUAUUCGCCAGGAACAUGGAUACCGGUUUGCUGGAACGGGAACGGGUCCUGUUUAGGAUGAACGAAGAAAUUAACGCCAAAUCUCGUGGACUAUUCGAGCUCAACGAGAACGCCAGUUGGAUGACGACGAAAAGGCGCAUGAAAAACAACCUUCGAAAGUCGAAUAACGGAAGUUCAUCGGCGGGGGAAAUGACCGGAAAUGAGUACAAUGAUUCCGGAAACGACAAGGAGAAUGAUUUCGAGCGGUCCAGUCCAUCGGAUACGGAAACGGAUUUUAACGACAGCUCCCAGGGCGUGGAGGAUAAAUCGGUUACGACAGACAGUAGUGAGAAGGAUUCCAAUUAUUGUUCGGUAUCUUCUGCCGGUACCAAGGAAGAGUUACAGCUUGUCAAAGUCGGUGAUAAGAAAAUCAAUAAUAAGGUCGUUGCCAAGCAAAGUAUUAACAGCAAGAACUUCAACAAGAAUUUGGUUGAUGUUGUUCCGAAAGUUCUGGAGAAAAAGAACAUAAGCUCAGAGGGUCUUAUCAAAUUUCUAAAAUCAAAGGUUGCAAUAGUGCAAACCGAGCUGGAGGCCGUCCAAAAACAGAAUGAAGCAAACGUUAAGGAUUUGAAUCUGGCCUUGGAUCGAUUGAAGCAAAUGGAGCACAUGAAGGAACAGCUUCUAACGAAAAAUGCCGCCCUCGAGCGCACCGUCAAGAAAUUCGAAGAGCGCAAUUUGGAAAUGGAUAAAAUGCUCAAGGAAAAGGAAAUUCACGUAACAAACACCGCCAAAGAGCUGUCCGCUGCCAAGACCGAGAUUCGUUGCCUGACCCAGACAAAUCAAAGCCUGGAGAAAAAACUCUUCAAGGUCCAAGAAGACGUCGAGGGGCUCAAAAUCAAACUGGCCAUUGCCAACGAUGCCGAAAAGGAGACCCGAGAUGCGUCGCGCCAGGAAAGGUUGACCUAUGAGAAACAAAUUAAGCAAUUAAGAAGACAACGGGGUGAGGUGUUGGCCGACUACAAGAAGCUUCUGCUGGCGGUGGACCACAUGAAGAAACAGAACUUCCACAUGGACCAGACACGCCUGACCAGCGAUUUCGAGCGAGAUUAUUUCAGACAUUUGGACGAGGCAUCGACAGCUUCUUUCUCGCAGUGAAUGGCCCCUUCCUGGUGUUCAAUUUAUAACAAGCAUAACAACAUUUAUACCGGCAUCGAUUUGAUAGCACCCAUCCCGAGUUUGUGAUUAAUGUGUGAGAUUUUGAUCUAGGGAGUUUUUUUUUACUCUGAUGUAGAACAUUUCACCGACUGCUAAACAUUAGACUGAUUAGACGUAGAUGAUUUCCUAAAGUAACAAGAUUGAUUAGAAUCUCCUUCACCAAUUACAGCUAAGCCUAUUUAAAAUA